AUGCCUCAUCCUGCAACAGCGUCGCCAGGCGAAGGCGAGUCUGCUACCAUCUCACCCGUCUUACCAUCAGCCAACGCCUACCCAGACACACUAUCAAACGAUGAGCUGCGACAGAGGGCAGACUUGCCACAUCCCGACCCCGGAGCGGCAGUAGACCUCAGAGUGGAGCAGAUGAGGGUGCAGGCGGACAGCAGCAGCGAGGGCGCUCGGCAGGAGCAGAGGCUUGAGCCACCAAAGGGAUGGCUGCACUUUGUUGCUGGAGGCGUGGGAGGUAUGUGCGCAGGAUGCAUCACAGCGCCCCUAGACGUGGUCAAGACCCGUCUACAAUCGGACUUGUUUCAAAAGAAGGCCGCCAGCGUCGCAGCUUCCUCGGGUAGCUCAGAAGGCCUGUGGGCAGCAACGAAGCGGCUGAGCUAUACCUUCGUCGAGACGGGCCACCUCCUGAAGGAGAUCGCGGCGAAGGAAGGCCCGCGGGCCCUCUUCAAAGGCCUUGGCCCGACACUGGUGGGAGCAGUACCGGCUCGAUCAAUCAACUUCUAUACUUAUGGCAACGGCAAGAUCCUUCUCGCUGAGAAGCUCAAUAAUGGAAGGGAGACGCCCAUCAUUCACCUCGCGGCGGCGAGUCUGGCGGGGGUUACGACCGCUACCGCCACCAAUCCCAUUUGGGUCGUCAAGACAAGACUACAGCUCGAGUCACACGCAGUAGAAAAGGCAGCAAAGGAGGUGAGAGCAGCGGCAGUGAGACGGUCACCGCUUCUUACAGGUCAGUCCUCGCAGACUGUCAGGUCAGCAGCCCGCUCCAUGGCUCUCGCCCAAGAUCAAGCCUUCUUCCGUCCCGCUCGCUCGCCGCCACGCCCAAGCACCAAUUCACUAAAGAUGACGCUGCAGAUCGUGCGGCAAGAGGGCGUGCGGGGUUUGUACAAGGGUCUCUCCGCAUCGUACCUAGGUGUGGCAGAGGGGACGAUCCAGUGGGUCCUGUACGAGCGCCUGAAGAAAGCCUCUGCCUCUGCUACUGCAGACAAGGACUCUCUCUCCGGAAAGCUCAUGGGCACGAUUGGCUCUGCGGGACUGGCCAAGUUCACAGCGUCCCUCAUCACAUAUCCACACGAGGUGAUACGGACACGACUGAGGCAGCAGGACAGCAAUGGAGUGCGCAAGUACACAGGUCUGCUACAGACUAUUAAGCUGGUGUGGAAGGAGGAGGGGGCAGCCUCCCUCUAUGGAGGUUUGAGCGCACAUCUAAUGAGAGUGGUACCAAAUGCCGCGGUCAUGUUCAGCAUAUACGAGAUUGCCCUCAGGGUAGCAGGACAAGCUCAGCUGCGAGAGAGGCAAGAAAGGCAGGCGAGAGAAGACAGAGGCAGAGAUGCCUCCUCGGCUGCGUGA